AUCAGAAUAAGAUCAAAGAGAGGGAGGGAAAAAAAAAAGAAGAGAAAAUAUGAUCACUUGGUAUGAGAGCAUCAUGUCCUACUGGCGCCGGCGAGCCUACGAGAGGAUCGGGACGUCGGAGCCGUCCGAUCCGAGCAGAACAAGUCGUGUCACGCGACCGAUCCGCCUCCGACGGCUGCAGCGUCAUCGGCGACGGACGAGAACGCCUUUCGCAAGGCUCCAGCUCAAGGCCUUGUCGCCUCUCCGACUGCUGGCGCGGUUGAGGGACGUCUACGUGGACGCGAUGCUGGGGAUGGCGAGGGACGACCGCGGCGGCGGGAACGUCGUGUCGUCGCACCAGGUGACGACGACGACGCCGCAGGGGGUCUGGGUCGGGCGGGUCCCCAGCGCCCGCCGACGGUCGGCGAGCGCGCGAUCGAGCGAAUUCGAGAGGAGAAUGAUGGUGCUGCAUUUGUGCAACUCCCUUGGAGCCAAUCCUGAGCUGCUGCAUAGUUAGUGAACUGGUGUUAAGAUAGAUAGAGAGAGAGAUUUGCUGCUUCUAAGAAAUCUUGUGAAUUAUGAGAAAUUUAUCACUUUGGAUUCGAUGUUGCAUUUCUAAUUAAUUUCGGUGUUUUAAAGAACAAUCAACACUUUUA